CAUUUCUAGCCUGUAGAAAAUGCUUCCAUGGGUCACAAAGAAGGGGAAAAACUGUAUCUAGAAAAUGCAUGAAAGUAGCGAUGUCCGUAUGUAUGUACGUAUGCAAGAAAAAUCCCCGUACCGUACUGUGGUAUAGACACACAACUUAGCAGACCCCACGCAGGCAGAGCAGCACACGUUAUUAUACAGUGUGCCUGCGUGCGGAGAGCCGCAGAGAGAUCCUCUAAGGUUUAUGACACGGCGUAGGGGGUGGAGGGAAUCUAGUUCUUUGUUUACAGUCUUGCACAUCUAGGGGGGUGUACGUGCGGGGGGGUUGCACCUAUUUUGGAAAAGCUGUAACAAGGUGAACCGAGGGAGCUUGUUCCCACCUUAAAAUCUGCACUCUUGGUGAUGUCACGUCGGAAAUUUACCAAAGCAAGAACUGGCCAACUGUGCAGAGAGAUCCAGCCCCUCGGAUGGCUGAUUGGGCGGGCAGCACUGACGUGCACUGACGCUUGGAGACUUUAGGUGCAUGUUGGCUGUGGAAUACGGAGCCCACAUAAACAAAGGCACAUUGGAGGGAAGGGCCAGUCUGUCCGGCUUGCUCGCACUGUGCUUUACUAGUACUGUACUUCCCAACAGAGAAUAACUAGCAAGUGCUCUGUCAUCGGUUGUUUUGUCCGCCGAUCUGCCCUUGGGAAACUGUUGUUCAGACGGUUGAAUGAAUGAAAAAGACAUUGCUAACAAAGAGCGUACUGGGCAGUCUGGAGUCCUCACUGAUUUUCUAAAAUCUUGGAAACUUUGCCUCCAUUGAAUUCCGACACUGUCCACCUUUAAUUCCCUCGAAAACGCCUGUAACUCGGCUGAAGGUUUGUGAGCUUAAUUUCUUUAAUAUUCAAAAGAAACAACUUCACACUGAAAGCCAAGUAACAUAAGUAAGACACGUGCGUAGAUGUGUUCCAAACAACUUCACAUUGUGCAACUCACUUCAUCGUGUUUCUUUACAAAUGAACUAGCUGAAAAUAUCAUUGUACACAGAAAUAAAGCGACUGGUGCUCAUUCGGUCUGUUUGUGGGGGACUGAAAGACAUUUUGGGGGUACACUAUGCACUUUAAACAUUCACAAACAUCAGAGCUCUAUGUACUUUAGUGUAAUCUCUUUUUUCCCCUGUGAACACGUUUUCUUUGCGCAAUAAGAAGUGUGUGCGGCUUCCUAAUGUGGCCCGCAGUGUUGUAGAAAGCAGGUGUACAAAGCAGGGGAGAAAGUAUGCAGUUGACCAGGCUGAGUAUAUAUUACACUGUUUCAUUUCCAGCCAUGCCCUGUGUUCAGGCUCAGUAUGGGUCAUCGCCUCAAGGAGCCAGCCCAGCUUCCCAGAGCUACAGUUACCACUCUUCAGGAGAAUACAGCUCCGAUUUCUUAACUCCAGAGUUUGUCAAGUUUAGCAUGGACCUCACCAACACUGAAAUCACUGCCACCACUUCUCUCCCCAGCUUCAGUACCUUUAUGGACAACUACAGCACAAGCUACGACGUGAAGCCACCUUGCUUGUACCAAAUGCCCCUGUCCGGACAGCAGUCCUCUAUUAAAGUGGAAGACAUUCAGAUGCACAGCUACCAGCAACACAACCACCUCCCCCCUCAGUCGGAGGAGAUGAUGCCUCAUUCAGGCUCCGUUUACUACAAGCCUUCGUCGCCCCCGACUCCCACCACCCCCGGCUUCCAGGUGCAGCACAGCCCCAUGUGGGACGACCCUGGCUCCCUCCACAACUUCCACCAGAAUUACGUGGCCACCACCCACAUGAUCGAGCAGAGGAAAACGCCAGUAUCCAGGCUCUCCUUAUUCUCAUUUAAGCAAUCACCCCCAGGAACCCCAGUGUCCAGCUGCCAGAUGCGAUUUGACGGGCCCCUCCACGUGCCCAUGAACCCCGAGCCAUCCGGGGCCCACCACGUAGUCGAUGGCCAGACAUUUGCAGUGCCCAAUCCCAUCCGCAAACAGGCAUCCAUGGGCUUCCCAGGGCUACAGAUUGGCCAUGCUUCCCAGCUGCUGGACACCCAGGUGCCAUCCCCUCCCUCCCGGGGGUCUCCAUCCAACGAGGGCCUCUGUGCAGUGUGCGGGGACAACGCGGCCUGCCAGCACUACGGAGUGCGCACCUGUGAGGGCUGCAAAGGGUUCUUCAAGCGCACUGUCCAGAAAAACGCAAAAUAUGUAUGUUUAGCAAAUAAAAACUGCCCAGUUGACAAACGCCGCAGAAAUCGCUGUCAGUAUUGUCGGUUUCAAAAGUGCCUUGCAGUUGGCAUGGUCAAAGAAGUGGUACGCACAGACAGUUUAAAAGGCCGAAGGGGUCGCUUACCAUCCAAACCGAAGAGCCCCCAGGAGCCCUCUCCCCCCUCUCCCCCGGUGAGUCUGAUCAGUGCCCUGGUGAGAGCCCAUGUCGACUCCAACCCGGCUAUGAGCAGCCUGGACUAUUCCAGGUUCCAGGCUAACCCUGACUACCAGAUGAGUGGAGAUGACACUCAGCAUAUCCAGCAGUUUUAUGAUCUCUUGACCGGCUCCAUGGAGAUCAUCCGAGGAUGGGCAGAAAAAAUCCCUGGUUUCACUGACCUUUCUAAACCAGACCAGGACCUCCUCUUCGAAUCCGCUUUCUUGGAACUGUUUGUGCUCCGGCUAGCAUACAGGUCCAGCCCAGUGGAGGGCAAGCUUAUCUUUUGCAAUGGGGUGGUCCUGCACAGGUUGCAAUGUGUCCGUGGCUUUGGAGAAUGGAUUGAUUCCAUUGUUGAAUUCUCCUCCAACUUGCAAAAUAUGAACAUCGACAUAUCUGCCUUCUCAUGCAUCGCUGCCCUGGCUAUGGUAACAGAGAGGCACGGGCUAAAGGAACCCAAGAGGGUGGAAGAACUUCAGAACAAGAUUGUAAAUUGUCUCAAAGACCAUGUGACUUUCAAUAACGGAGGUUUGAAUCGCCCCAAUUAUUUGUCCAAACUCUUGGGGAAGCUCCCUGAACUUCGCACCCUUUGCACACAGGGGCUGCAACGCAUUUUCUACCUGAAACUAGAAGAUUUGGUGCCACCUCCAGCAAUAAUCGACAAACUUUUUCUGGACACUUUACCUUUUUAAGACUCUUCCCAUGCACUUAAAGUGAACUUUAAAGAAAAUAAACUCGACCUGUCUGAAGGGGAAUUCACCUGUGCGCAAAGCAGCACCUUUGGGUGCCAGAUUCCCAUCCCCAAAACUGUUGCUAACCUCUUGAAGGCAGAACGUGAAUGGGCAUUUUGGCUCUGGGGCAUCAAGGAUUCAGAUGAUGGACAACUUAAAUACCAUGGUAUAAGCUUUUUAUUAUCGGCUCAAAAUAUUAAGAAGGACUUCUGAUUAAAAAGACGAUCAUAUUUGGCAACGCCGGGCUAAGACUCAUAUGAUGACAAAGUAUUAAGGUGACCCACAAGUCUCACCCUCUUAAAGACUAAAGUUUUCUGAUGUAAAAGAAAGCUGUAAUAUAUACUAAAAACUAAAUGUUGCGUGGGUGGCAUGAAAUUAAAGAAGGCAAAGACUUGUAAAUUUAUCAGAUGCAGUUUGGCUUUUUAAAUUAUUCUGUGCCUAUUUAUGAAUAAAUAUUAAAACCAAUUCUAAAAGAAGGAACAUAGAUGUGUUUGCAAAUAAAGAGAAUUAAGUAACUCAAUGAAAUGGGAAAGCAUGAUGAUUCUAGGAUGAUAAUGUUAUAGGCACUUGCUAUUUCAGUAAUGUCUAUAUUCUAUAAAUAGUAUUUCAGACACUAUGUAGUCUGUUAGAUUUUAUAAAGAUUGGUAGUUAUCUAAGCUUCAAACAUUUUCUCAAUUGUAAAAUAGGUGGGCACAAGUAUUACAAAACCGAAAUCUUGGACAAAGGGGCACAUAGUGUUUGUAAACACCGUCCAACAUUCCUUGUUUGUAAGUGUUGUAUGUACUGUUGAUGUUGAUUAAAAAAAGUUUAUAUCUUGAUUAUUUUGUUGUCUAAAGCUAAACAAAUCUUGCAUGCAGCAGCUUUUGACUGUUUCCAGAGUGCUUAUAAUAUAUAUAACUCCCUGGAAAUUACUGAGCACUUUGAAUUUUUUGUUUUGUUUUUUAUGUCUAAAAUUGUCGAUUAAUAUAUUAUUUUAUGUUUGAGUAAUAUUUUUAAUAUUGCCAUAUUCUGUAGUAUUUUUCUUUGUAUAUUUCCAGUAUGGCACAUUAUACAAGUCACUGCCUUUUUUUCUAUGGUGUAUGACAGUUAGAGACGCUGAAUUUUUUUUUCCUGAUAAACUCUUUCUUUGAGGAAAGACAAUUUUAAUGUUUACAACAAUAAAACCAUGUAAA